AUGCAUCCACUGAUUCUUUUAUCUCAUCCCGAGAAGACCCUUUUGCCCAAGAUUGAGCUUUUGCGUUCCAUAGGGGUUUCGAGCUCUGACCUCAUUACCAUCAUCUCGUCAAACCCAUUUCUGUUUAAAAUCAACUUAAAGAAACGUCUUAUCCCUUGCUAUGAUUUCCUCAAGAGUGUACUUCUUGUUGACGAGAAAGUCCUGAAAACCUUCAAGCGCUCAUCUCAGGAUUUUCUAAGUGAUGCAACGAAUACUAUGGCUCCUAACAUUGCACUUUUGAGACAACUUGGAGCGCCUCCAUCUACAAUCUCUUUGCUGGUAACUAAUUAUCCCCGUCCAGCGUUUACAAAGCAUGCUAAGUUUGUUGAGGUUGUUCACCAGGUUAUGGAAAUGGGAUUCGAUCCCACGAAAACGGUGUUUGUCCUGGCAAUCCAAGUGUUAUUGAAGAUGAGUAAACCAAAGCUGGAAUCAAGAUUGGAGCUUUAUAAGAGGUGGGGUUGGUCAAAGGACAUGGCCCUCGCAGCAUUUAAAAGCUUUCCAAAUUGUAUGCUAUCUUCUGAAGAGAAGAUAACGAAAACAAUGGAUUUCUUUGUGAACAAAAUUGGGUGGCCAUCAGCAAAUAUUGCUAGAAAUCCUUGCGUUAUAACUUUAAGCUUGGAAAAGAGAAUUAUCCCUCGGUGUUCGGUUGUUCAAAUUUUGCUAGCCAAGGGUUUGGUCAAGAAUAACUUGGCUUUGGGGACUUUCUUGCAACUAACUGAGAGGAUAUUUUUGGAGAAGUUUGUGAUCAGAUUUCGGGAUGAUGUUCCUGAUUUGUUGAAUGUAUAUCAGGGUAAGAUGUCUUCUGGAUGUAGGAUUUCAGUCUGA